ACAGUAUUUCAUGCUCUUUUUCAGAAACAGUUUGAGUAAUAUAGUUCUAGUGCCAAAUCCUACCAUAUGUUGCAUGAGAAUGUUGAACAAUGGAGCUAGUGGAUGGAGUAAUGGUACCAAGAAAGUUGAAGAACGGAAUUCAAGGUCUUCCUGUAAUGGAAGCUUUUGGAAUUUCCCAUUUGCUUGCUUCCUGGGGAAUCGGUCAGCAGCUUAUCAGAAGGCACAAAACGAUGCCAGGGAGCCUGUUUACUUGAAUGUCUAUGACAUGUUCUGGAUCAAUGAAUAUACGUCUUCCCUUGGCUUGGGAGUUUUCCACUCUGGGCUUGAAGUGUUUGGAUCAGAAUUUGCAUAUGGUGGGCAUCCUUUCGGAUUCUCUGGUAUUUUUGAGAUCUGCCCCAAGGAUGCUGAAGAACUUGGUGAACAAUUCAAAUUCAAGGAAACUAUUCUCAUGGGAUAUACAGACUUCACAGAAGAAGAAGUGAAGACAAUCAUCACAAACCUUGGAAAGGAGUUUCGUGGUGACCGCUAUCAUCUCAUGAGCAAAAAUUGUAACCACUUCACCAGUGCCCUCACUCAGGCCACCAGGACCAAUGUGGCAGGUGCUAUUCAGGCACACAAAACCCCUACCUCUCACAUGAUGGAAGGAGCCCAGGGGAGAGCAGGUAGUACCCUAAAGCAGUCAGAUGAACUGUCAACCCAGAAGAAUACUACCUGUCAGUGGUUGGAUUCAAACCUGGACUUCCCACAUGCUCGCUCAAGCCCCUACUCACUGAGCCACAGCAAUGCAAUGUCUUCCUUAUACAAUGUACUAGUUGGACUUUCAGCCGGUGUCUUUGGUCUGUUCAUCCUGCGAAAAUUGAGAGAGCGUAAGUGGAAGCAGUGCAAAUGUCCAAAUCGUAUUAGUGGGAAGUGCGUCAUAAUAACAGGAGCAAACUCAGGCAUUGGAAAGGCAACUGCAAGGGAACUAGCAGAUCGAGGUGCUCGAGUCAUCCUGGCAUGCAGGGACCAUGAUCGAGCACAAGAAGCUGUUGUCCACAUUCGAAAAAGCACAAGCAAUGGGGAAUUGGUGGUUAUGAACCUGGACUUGGCCUCAUAUGAAUCAGUGAGGUCAUUUGCUGCUAAGGUCAUGGCUCAAGAAAAGCAUCUGGAUGCUCUCAUUCUUAAUGCUGGGAUUGUGAUCCCCAUGAAAUGGGGUGUCACAGGAGAAGGUGGUGUUGAUAUUCAUUUUGGGGUCAAUCAUCUUGGACACUUUCUCUUAACCAAUCUACUUCUUGGAAGACUGCAAGAGUCUGCAUCCAGCAGAGUUGUUGUUGUGUCCUCAUCCCUGUAUAUGAAAGGGAGGAUUGACUUUGAGAACCUGACAAAUAAGUCUGCAUGGAACAAGCAAGAUUGGCCCAAUAUGGGUUACUGCAAUUCCAAGAUGGCAAAUGUCCUGUUUGCAAGGGAAUUGGCUAAACGCACACGUGGUUCUCAGAUCUCAGUUAGCUCUCUGUGUCCUGGUCUUGUAUAUACAAAUCUUUUCCGUUCUACAGCAUCAACCAAGUCCUUCUUUCAGAAACUUCUCUUUCUCCCUGUUGCUCUAUUCUUCAUGAAGUCUCCAUGGCGUGGAUGUCAAACUGUGGUCCACUGUACUCUGGCCAAGGAAGUGGAAGCAUCAAGUGGGAGUCUCUAUAAAGAUUUGAAGAGCAUGGAAAUAAUUGACUAUGCCAAAGAUGAUGCAAUUUCCAAGAGACUCUGGGAUAUCAGUGAGGAACUGGUUGGACUCAAAUUAUCCUAAUUUCAUCAGGAUGGGCAUUUCACAGAGCAGGAGCAGUACUAUCUCAGAGAUAGCAGAGAAGCCUUGGAGAUAUUUCACCAUUUUUCAUGCUUUGUAGCAGUUAUUCUUCAGGCAAAUGAAUGAUGUCUGCAGCUUGAUUCCACUUAUAUUUCAUGUUCCCAUUUUAUAGCCACUCUUAGAAACUUGCAGAGAGCAAUAUUUCUGUGAUUGACUAUAUUGAAGACUGUAUUGCCAAACUUCUACUUUCACUCAGUCACAGAACCCCUGCAUGAGGCCAUUGACAAGUGAGCAAGAAAAAAAUUGCACCUCGUGUUGAUUAUGUUUAUUCUUCUGACUGUGUCUACCAAGGUCUUUUCUUUUGCUUUUCUUAUCAUCCCAUUUGUGAUAUGUUUUGUACCUGGUCUUCAUUCCUUCUCUCCUCCCCAACCUCACUGAUGAUUUGUAGGUCAUUGCUUGAAAAUUAUCAUGAGUG